UGUUAGUGUGGUUCACUCAUUCAUAUUAAACAUUUCCGAUCCCUGUUGGAGCAAAGUCUUUAAACCAUCUCAAUUAACCAAGAUCCAUAACGACUACGUGAAAGAGUUGCCACCUGUACAACAAGAAAUGAAGACUUUUCAUAAAAACUUCAAGAACAUGACUGAUGUGGAACAACUUUGGAACAUUGCUGAAGAGCAUCGAUUUCAUCCAAUCGCCAAAUUUGAUCUCGACUGGUCUCGACGUUCGAUCCUCGAUAUCCUUUCCUCUUAUCGUUGGGGCAGCGUUCAGCGUGCAGCAGUGUCAGGCGGCGAAUGUGACCUCAUCAUAUUGAUUUGGCGUACUGUGGAUAUGUGUUUUCAGAACCUUAAAGUGGAUUCAUUAAGAAGCGACCAACAAUCUGCCGCUGGUUCGGCAAGAUGCAAUGAAGGACGUGUAGGAGCAGAUGGCUCCAUCAAAGGCAAAGCUCAAGCAUGUAAACCAGACAUGAUCCUGAAAAAAGACCAAUUGGAGUACGGUGCCAGUGAGCAUGGUUACGCGGACGAAGCAGGAGUAGGAGCAAAAGAAAUAGAAGAAAAAUUCUUGAAGUUGCCGAAGACACUGAAAGACAUGGCUUUGUGACUUGCUUCGGCUGUCAAUAAUGAUGAAGAGAAGAUUCGGCUGAUUCGAGUUGUGGAUCUCCGGAUGAACGCCAUGAUACUUGACAUGCCUGAUGGUUAUGUGUGUAGAAUUCGACCUUUACAAGAGAAACGC